UGGAAUCUUCCCACCUGACCCUUCUUGUCCCGUACAAAACAACAACACCGCCAGCAUAACCACCAUCCAGACCUGCUCUUACAGGAUCAACGUGUCCUCUGUGAUAUCUUCCGCCCCGUCUCAGUCUCGAGCUCAGUUUCCUCCCACCAGCUCCUCCCACCAGCUCCAGUUACCGUAACUCUAGCACAAUGGCUCCCCCGCCACCGGCGAGUAUGCCUCUGACGCAACGUCUCUUGACUGUUGCGCAGACCCUCCAGUUUGCCUGGUUCAUCGGGCACCUCACCCUGAUCUUCUGCAUGUUCCGAUACUCCCUAUCCUGGGUGCGAUUCAACUACUACACCCGCAUGGCCCAAUUUUCUUAUCGUCUCGCCUUCAUUGCCGCCGCCGCUACCUAUGGAAUCGUUGUCUACAAGACCCUACGCGCUCGAGCCAAGGCCGGCAUGAAGCUCACCCCUCAGGUCGCCUUGUCGCUCGUAGCUGAUGAGAAUGUUCAAUAUCUGCUCCUGGCCCUUGUCUGGCUCUUCUCUGGCCAGCUCUUCGUGGCCAUGCUGCCCUAUGGCGUUUACUCCAUCUUCCACUUCGCGACUUACACCCGCUCUACUGUCAUCCCGACCAUCGUCCCUCCCACCCAGACCGCCCCGGCCGAUGGCGCUUCUCCCAACGCCAAGCCGCAGUUCAAGAACCACCCCAUUGCUGACGCCAUCGGCAACUUCGUCAAGGAGUACUACGACCUGUCCAUGUCUGUCGUCGCCGGUCUCGAGGUCUUGAUCUGGAUCAGGCUGCUGGGCUCGGCCAUCCUCUUCCAGCACAGGAGCUGGAUCAUGCUCGCAAUCUACACUGCCUUCCUGCGCGCUCGCUUCAGCCAGAGUGCCCACGUCCAGAACUCCCUCGCCAACCUUGAGGCCAGGAUUGAUAACCAGGUCGGAGCCCAGGGAACCCCCCCAGUGGCCAGACAGAUCUGGGACGGUGUCAAGGGCGGUGUGAGGCAGUUUCACUCGGCCACCGACCUGACCAAAUACGGUCCUGGCGCCGCCGCCCCCAAGAAGACUUCCUAA